UCAGAAGAGAUUCGGUUCUUUAGUGAUUCACUUUUAUGUAUAUAAUCCUGUGUUUGUGAUAGAGAGAGAGAGAGAGAGAGAGAAACACGGUGAGCGGAAGCUGAAGUAUUUGUCACGCUGUGGAUCCGAAUCGGGAUUAAAGAUGCUUGUGCGGAACUUGUUCCGGGCCGUGAUCAUGGGUCCUCCGGGUUCGGGGAAAGGAACCGUGUCGUCUCGGAUCUCUGAAAGUUUCGGGCUGCAGCAUCUCUCCAGCGGGGACAUGUUACGGGCCAACAUUAAAGCCAAGAGCGAACUGGGUCUUCUGAUGAAGUCGUGUAUAGAUCAGGGUCAGCUGAUUCCCGAUGAUGUCAUCUCUCGCCUCAUCCUGGCCAGCCUCCGAGACAUGGAGCAGAGCAGCUGGCUGUUAGACGGUUUUCCCCGGACGGUGGCGCAGGCUGAGAGUUUAGACAGCGUGAUCACCGUGGACACCGUCAUCAACCUGGACGUGCCGUUCGAGACCAUUAAGGAGCGUCUGACGUCUCGCUGGGUUCACCUGUCCAGCGGCCGCGUCUACAACGUCGACUUCAACCCUCCCAAAAUCCCCGGUCUUGAUGAUGUCACCGGUGAGCCGUUGACGCAGAGGGACGAUGACACGCCCGAAACGGUGACCUGCAGGCUGAAGGCGUAUGAAACCCAGACUCGACCAGUGCUGGAGUAUUACAGGAGUAAAGGAGUUUUGGCGACGUUCACCGGAACUGAAACCAAUAAGAUCUGGCCUCAUGUUCACACCUUCCUCGCGAAGAAGAUCCCACGGACUCAGCAGGUUGGGGGAGGAGUUUAGUCACGUGCCGACUGUAAAGAAUUCGAUUUUGUCCGGAAUGUUAACGACUCAGUCUGGUUUCCAUGGAAAGCGAUCACGCUGCGUUUUUGGUCACGCUUUGUUUUUAAUCGUAGACGAUUUUAGUUUUAAUCGAAGUUAAAUCUGUGUGACGUGAGCACGCGGUAAUGGGUUUAAACUCGAUCUCGGUUUAUUUCAUUCUCUUUUCCUCACCGGUGUGUUUAGUUUUGAAAGCACAUUCUUUAAAUUCUUUUGAUUUAGUUUCACUAACGAUCUCUCCUCCUCUGUGAAACGUGGUGGAGGUAGUGUCAUGGACUGGGCUGGGGUAGAAGCAGACAUGCAUUAACAAAAAUAUCUAGUUCAUUCUUUUGAACCAUGACAUCCGCUUCUGAGAGAGGGAGAGAGAAAAGGAAAAUAUUAAAAUGAUGAAAUAAAAAAAGAAACGGGAGAGAAAGAAAUGUUCCGCACAGGAAGAGAAAGGAAGCAUUAUUUUUUUCAAACUGAAUUUUGAAAUCAUUUAAAAAAAAAAAGAAGAAAUCUAUUCUGUGUAUGGACGCAUGUGUCCAACAAUAAUUCAAACACAAUUUACAUUUACAAAAAAAAAAAAGGGACAAAAAUACA